GGCAUCCUUCCCACUCAUCAGAGAAGUGUUCGUUUCAUUCUUGCACACUUCUUUAAUACGACAAACCUGUUUUAUCAAGAUGUCUGCAGGAUUAUGUGUGUGUGCCCUCCUGGCAGUCCUGUGUUCAAGCUGCUUGGGGCUCCCGUUCUCCCCUCAACCCCAAGAAGAGGAGCAGCGCUACUUCUCAGUUCCCUCUGCAGGUCUCCUCGAUGCUGACAGCCCAACCUUAGCAGACACUCACCUCCGACUCAGCCGCUCGAGCCCCCAGCUGAAAUCUCUUUCUCAGGCUGAGGAGGAUGCAGACUCUCGUGCAAACCUUAGUGAGCUGCUUGCAAGGCUUAUCUCAACGAGGAAAGGUUCUGUGCGUAGAAACUCCAUGGCCCAGAAAAAAGGCGGCAGUUUGGGCACCAAGCAUCGGAUAGCAGACAGGGACUAUGUUGGGUGGAUGGAUUUUGGCCGGCGCAGCGCAGAAGAGUUUGAGUACUCCUCAUAAAGAAAACAGCUUCUCCUUGAUGGGAAAUGAAAAGAAAAUCAAGCCAAGCUGGCUCCCCAUUGUCACCCAAUAAGAGCCUAUUUAUGACGUAUUUGUUGUACAUUUGUUUGUAAAACUGUAAUAAUGCAAUAUUCAUACUGUAUGCCAAAUUUUAUGCAGAAUAGCUCUUUCUCUUUGUUUCUUUAUUUUUCCUGGUUUCUUUACCCUUUAGAGGUGAACAUUUUUGAGUCUGUUGAGACUAAAUGGGCUGAAUAAAGAUUAUAAAUACCCGUUUGUAGAGAAAUUCUUCAGAAAAGUAAUACAUACAGUUCUAACUUUUAUUGAUUUUAUUCAAUCAAACUAAUAGUCAUAAUGACCAUAUGUUUGCAUAGAUUUUUUUUUAUACAAGCACAUCUGUUGCCAAGAAAUGCAUCUGAUAA